UCUGCCGUAACUUCUUCCUUCAUGAACGAAAUCUCUUCAAUUCUCUCAAAUACUCCUCUGAUUCCUCCUCUUCCCCCUGAUCCACCUCCUAAUUCGUCUUCUACAUCUCCGAUUUCAACCCAGGUGGUUCAAAUUGGAGCUAAUUUCGUUCCUGUUGAGGCAUCUCCAUGUCAGCCGCUUUCAAAUGGAGCUCCCCAAAUCGGCUCAGUAGCUCAGCCGACACCAGCUAUAGGUGAUAAUCUCACAGCCGCCACACAGGAAGUAAGUGAUGCGGCAUCUGAUGGGCUCACAUCUUCUGCUUCAGCAUCAAGUGUUGCAACGAUUCAAGAACCAUUCCCUGAUUUGGUGUUCAAUCGGGAGAAUCCGGCUAUCCAGCAACCUCCGAGCAGUGUUAUCCCUAAUUGCCAGUUGCAGGAAGAUGGUGGCUCGGCUAUACCUAUUACUGGUAUAGAUAAAUUUCAAACCUCUAAGCCCAAAGAGAGUUCCCCAAAGAAAAGUGUGAAAUCAAGCAGAGGCAGGGGGGAAAAAAUGAGUUCGGGUGACCCUGAUUUGGAUGCUGCCCGUGCCGCUGCUGUUGCCCAUGAUGCAGCUCUCCAACAAGAGUUUGAUAAGGCGAAAGCAAGGGUUGGAAAAUGGCGAGGCUGCCCUCUGUAGUGGCAGUGGAAAGAAGAAGGAUGGUGCGCUAGGGGCAUCACAAAAGUGCACUACGUCUGGUGAUCCCUUUAUCGGUGUAUCAGGUAAUACCAGUUCUGUUACCUGCCCAAAUAUAAAUAAAAUAGGGGAUGAUUAUGUUUCGGUUCACUCUGAUGAUUCGGAUGAGGGCAUGGAUACGAGUACAGCAUAUAUUGGGGUUGCUGUUCAACAGGGGCAAAAUGGUAAUAUUGAUAGUCAGCAGGGUGGUAUAAGGGCUGCAGAUCUGUAGUGUGUCACUGCUCAUUCCACUAUGGCAGUUCCUAAGUCAUUGAAGGGGGAUGGAAAGUCUGGGCAGCAGGGUAGUUUGAAGGCUGCAGAGGUGCAAGAUCAUAUUAUGGGGGUGGUUGAAGUUGCUGAUGCUAAUCAACCUCCUUCGUUCAUGCUUGGUAACAUUAUGCAGCCUAUUGCAGCUGGAAAUACAUCGGGUCGCAUUUCUCAAGGGUCAGUUUGGGACAGAAAACCUUCGGGCCCUCUUUCUUACGGCCAAAUGAUGAAGCGUCACAAGGAGGAGAAUGACGUGAAAAUGGAAUACUUUCCUCCCACCGUUACUCCCGAGGGUAACACUCGUAUUUUUAUCUCUCAAGAUGAUCUCCUUGUUUCUGCCCAGGUAUACCCGUUACAUCUUUAUGGUUAUUUCCUUGGCACUUCGAUGGAUUUUAGAGUAGUGGAUAGAUGCUUGCGGCGUCUUUGGAGAUUGUGUGAUUUGGACGAAGUUACAAAAAGCCCUGUUGGUAUUUUCUACUUUAAAUUUAAGAGUGAAAAGGGUCUUAAUGAUGUUCUCGAAAACGGUUCGUGGAUGGUAAAUAAUAUUCCUAUUUUCUUAGAUAAAUGGAUUCCGGGGUUAAGUUUAGAAAAAGUUGAAUCUUCGACUGUCCCAUUGUGGGUGACUACUCAUAACAUCCCAUUGGACUUGUGGACGUCUACAGGGACCAAUAAACUUAUGAGCGGUAUGCAAGGUUUAAAAAGGCGAAGUGAGGCGCGCCUCGAGGCGUACGCCUCAGGUGAGGCGCUGAAAAAUCGCAACUGAGGCUUAGCCUCACAGGGGGGAAUUGAAACCUAAGCCUCAACCAUACGAAGGCGGUCUGAGGCGGUGAGGCGGUGAGGCGAGGCGGUGAGGCUUAAGCCUCACCAGACUUGUGCAAAUUGAUCAGUUUUU